UCCUCCACUCUCGCCUUCCACAAGCUCUAAAACCCUAGCCAAACACUCCACACUGAAGAAACAAAAAAAAAAAAAAAGAAUCGUGUUCAUUUCAAAGACCUGAAAAACAAAAAGAGGUCCAAAGGCCGUAAUUUUGGAUCUGGAAUCCAAAUCGGGAUCUAUUCCGGGAAGAAAUGGCGGCUUCUUCAUCGCAGGUGGAAUCUCUAGUCUCAAUCGCCGAGAUUGUUUCUACUCCGUCAACUAAAAAACGGGUCCGGAUCUUUCGCGAUGAACUCCCUCCCAUUAUCGCCAAUUCAGAUAUGUCUCCUGACUUUACAUCACUUUUGGUUGAUAUAAUAUUUAAAACAUUCCAAAUAUAUGAUGAUGGAGGGUCGAGAAAAGCUGUUAAUGAUGUGAUUGUGAAGGCUUUAGGCGAGGUUACGUUCAUGAAAAGUUUUGCAGCGGCACUUGUUCAGGCAAUGGAGAAGCAAUUGAAGUUCCAAUCUCAUGUAGGGUGCUAUAGUCUACUCAAGUGGUCAUGUCUCCUCUUAAGCAGAAGUCAAUUUGCCACACUUUCGAGAAAUGCAUUGUGUAGAGUAGCUGCAGCACAGGCAUCUUUGCUUCAUAUUGUCAUGCAAAGAUCUUUCCGUGAGCGAAGGGCAUGCAUAAAAACAUUUUUGCAUUUAUUUUCUCAGUCACCUGAUGUCUACAACAUAUACAUAGAAGAAAUAAAGGAUGCACGGAUUCCAUACAAGGAUACUCCUGAGUUGCUAUUUUUAUUACUAGAAUUUUCUUCUCCGGUACCAUCUAAGUUUGAGCAAAGCAAGCCUAUAUUUCUUGACAUCUAUGUUAAAGCUGUUUUAAAUGCCAGAGAAAAGCCAACCAAGGGGCUUAGUGAAUCUUUUCGUCCACUAUUUGCGUGUAUGUCACAUGAAGAUCUCCAAAGUACUGUGAUCCCGUCAUCAGUGAAAAUGCUAAAACGCAACCCUGAGAUUGUGUUGGAGUCUGUUGGAAUACUAUUAAGUUUAGUUGAUCUUGAUUUAAGUAAGUAUGCAAUGGAAAUUCUUUCUGUCAUAUUACCACAGGUUCGGCAUGCAGAAGAUGGAAGAAGGGUUGGGGCAUUGGCUAUAGUACGCUGUUUAAGCCAAAAGUCUAGUACUCCUGAUGCUUUUGAAUCAAUGUUCAAUGCUGUUAAAGCUGUUCUUGGAGGCUCGGAAGGAAGGCUGGCAUUUCCUUACCAAAGAAUUGGCAUGAUCAAUGCCCUGCAGGAACUGUCUAAUGCUCCUGAAGGAAAAUAUCUCAACAACCUCGCUCGCAUUGUAUGCAGCUUUCUUUUAACUUUUUACAAAGAUGAAGGAAAUGAAGAGGUCAAGCUAGCAAUACUAUCAACUAUUGCUUCUUGGGCAGCCCGUUUUGCUGAUGCAGUUCAACCAGAUUUAAUUUCUUUUUUUUCCUCUGGCCUCAAGGAGAAGGAGGCUUUAAGAAGGGGUCAUCUUCGUUGUUUGCGAGCUAUCUGCAAAAACUCUGAUGCCCUUUUGCAGAUGUCAACGUUACUGGGGCCUCUUGUUCAACUCGUAAAAACUGGUUUCACUAAAGCUGUGCAGCGUCUAGAUGGCAUAUAUGCAUUAAAUAUUGUUGGGAAGAUUGCAGCUGCUGAUAUCAAAGCAGAGGAGACUGUGGCAAAGGAGAAAAUUUGGUCCUUGAUAUCUCAGAAUGAGCCCUCACUUGUUGUAAUUUCGAUGGUCUCAAAAUUGUCAAUUGAAGAUUGCAUAUUAUGUGUAGAUCUUCUUGAAGUGCUAUUGGUGGAACACUCUCGCAGAGUGUUGGAAACUUUCUCAGCGAAAUUACUGUUACAGUUAUUACUCUUUUUAAUGUGCCAUUCAAGCUGGGAUGUACGUAAAAUAACUUAUGAUGCUACAAGAAAGAUAAUUGCUGCUGCUCCUCAGUUAUCAGAAGAUCUUCUGCUUGAGUUCUCAAACUUUCUUUCUCUUGUUGGAGAGAAAAUAAGUACCUUGAAGACAAGUGAUGCAGAUAAUUCUCAAGACACGCAACUUCAUAUCAUUCCAUCUGUUGAGGUUUUAGUGAAAGCUUUAGCUGUUAUAUCAUUCACAGCUCUUGCUACAACACCAAGUGUAUGUACACGAAUUAUAUUCUGCUCUCAUCAUCCGUGCAUAGUUGGAACUGCAAAAAGAGAUGCUGUUUGGCGGAGGCUCCAUAAAUGUUUGAGAACACUUGGCUUUGAUGUGAUUGGUAUUAUCUCUGCUAAUGUUGGCAAUAUCUGCAAGGGUCUAGUGGGACCAAUGGGAUUGAUGAGUGCCAAUCCAUUCGAACAAAAGUCUGCAGUAUAUUCUCUGUGCACUUUGAUGUCAAUAGCACCUGAAGAUAGUUAUGCGGAGUUUGAGAAGCACCUUAUAAACAUUCCAGAUCACCAUUCACAUGAUAUGCUUUCAGAAAAUGACAUUCAGGUUUUCCGGACUCCUGAAGGAAUUCUUUCCAAUGAGCAAGGUGUUUAUGUUGCAGAAUCUAUUACUUCUAAGAAUGCAAAACAAGUUGAGGACCAUAUCAGUUCCAACCAUUCUGGAAAGAGGGAGGUAUCUAGUAGAGCAGCCGGUGGUGGUGGGAAAAAGGAUAGCGGAAAGUCAACAAAGAAAGCUGAUAAAGGAAAGACUGCAAAAGAGGAAGCCCGAGAGCAGCUUCUUAGAGAGGAGGCAUCCAUACGCGAGAAGGUUCGGGAAAUACAGAAGAAUCUAUCAUUGAUGCUGACUGCUCUGGGGGAGAUGGCAGUUGCUAAUCCUGUUUUUGCACAUAGUCAAUUACCUUCCCUGGUUAAGUUUGUUGAUCCUUUAUUGCGUUCACCGAUUGUUAGUGAUGUGGCCUAUGAUACAUCAGUGAAGCUCUCCCGAUGUUUAGUUUAUCCCCUAUGUAAUUGGGCCCUCGAUAUUGCUACUGCUCUACGUUUAAUUGUGACUGAUGAAGUUCACAUUCAGUGGGAGCUAGUUUCUUCUGUGGAUGAAGAAGCUGAAGAAAGACCAUCUUUGGGUCUUUUUGAGAGAAUUGUAUACGGAUUGUCUGUGUCUUGUAAAUCUGGACCUCUUCCUGUAGAUUCCUUCACUUUUGUCUUUCCUAUAAUGGAACGGAUUUUAUUAUCACCCAAGAGAACAGGACUUCAUGAUGAUGUUCUUCGGAUUCUUUAUAUGCACAUGGACCCUCUUCUUCCCCUUCCUAGGCUUCGCAUGUUAUCGGCUCUCUAUCAUGUUCUAGGUGUUGUUCCAGCUUAUCAAGCAUCAAUUGGGCCUGCAUUGAAUGAGUUGUGUCUAGGCCUGCAGCCGGAUGAAGUAGCAUCUGCUUUGUAUGGAGUGUAUGCAAAAGAUGUUCAUGUUAGAAUGGCUUGCUUAAAUGCUGUAAAAUGCAUUCCAUGUGUUUCUGGUCGGGCUCUUCCUCAAAACGUUGAAGUUGCAACAAACAUUUGGAUUGCUCUACAUGAUCCAGAAAAGUCUAUUGCAGAAGCUGCAGAAGAUGUAUGGGAUCGCUAUGGAUACGAGUUUGGGACUGACUAUUCUGGGAUUUUCAAGGCACUUUCUCAUAUAAAUUACAAUGUGCGCUUGGCUGCGGCAGAGGCAUUAGCUACUGCUUUGGAUGAAAACCCAGAUUCUAUACAGGAAUCUCUUUCUACUCUAUUUUCUUUGUAUAUUCGUGAUUCGGGUUUUGGUGAGGAAAAUCUUGAUGCUGGUUGGCUUGGCCGACAAGGAAUAGCACUGGCAUUGCAUUCUGCAGCUGAUGUAUUAAGAACAAAAGACCUUCCUGUUGUCAUGACAUUCCUGAUAUCACGAGCACUGGCUGAUCCUAAUGCAGAUGUUCGUGGAAGAAUGAUUAAUGCUGGUAUUAUGAUUAUUGAUAGGCAUGGAAGAGAGAAUGUUUCUUUGCUAUUCCCGAUUUUCGAAAAUUACUUGAAUAAGAAGGCAUCAGAUGAAGAAAAAUAUGAUCUGGUUCGUGAAGGUGUGGUUAUUUUUACAGGAGCCCUAGCAAAACAUUUGGCAAAGGAUGAUCCCAAAGUUCAUGCUGUCAUAGAGAAGCUGUUGGAUGUGUUAAACACUCCUUCAGAAGCUGUGCAGCGAGCAGUCUCGACAUGCCUAUCUCCUCUGAUGCAAUCAAAGCAAGAUGAUGCAGCCGCACUUGUUUCUAAACUGUUGGGUCAGUUGAUGAAGAGUGAGAAAUAUGGUGAACGUCGAGGAGCAGCUUUUGGACUCGCAGGAGUGGUCAAGGGGUUCGGUUUAUCAUCUUUGAAGAAAUAUGGGGUUGUGGCUGUAUUACGAGAAGGUUUUUCUGAUAGAAAUUCUGCAAAAUCUCGUGAAGGAGCUCUGCUGGCAUUUGAGUGCCUUUGUGAAUAUCUGGGAAGAUUAUUUGAGCCGUAUGUUAUUCAGAUGUUACCAUUGCUUUUGGUUUCUUUCUCUGAUCAAGUAAUUGCAGUUCGUGAGGCUGCUGAAUGUGCAGCUCGUGCUAUGAUGUCUCAACUGAGUGCACAAGGAGUAAAGCUUGUCCUUCCAUCUCUGCUAAAGGGUCUUGAAGAUAAGGCCUGGAGAACGAAGCAAAGUAGUGUACAACUACUUGGUGCCAUGGCUUACUGUGCUCCUCAGCAACUCUCUCAGUGCCUUCCUAAAAUUGUACCUAAAUUGACAGAGGUGUUAACAGAUACACACCCCAAGGUCCAAUCAGCAGCGCAGAUGGCCCUUCAGCAGGUUGGAAGUGUAAUAAAGAAUCCGGAAAUAUCUUCACUCGUCCCAACUCUUCUAAUGGGUCUUACAGAUCCCAAUGACCAUACAAAGUAUUCCCUUGAUAUUCUCCUCCAAACAACUUUCAUUAAUUCAAUUGAUGCUCCUUCACUUGCAUUAUUGGUACCAAUAGUACAUAGAGGUUUAAGGGAGAGGAGUGCUGAUACCAAAAAGAAAGCUGCUCAAAUAGUUGGAAAUAUGUGUUCCUUAGUCACAGAGCCCAAGGAUAUGAUUCCUUACAUUGGAUUGCUCCUUCCUGAAGUGAAAAAGGUACUUGUAGAUCCCAUUCCAGAAGUUCGAUCAGUUGCAGCUAGGGCCAUUGGAUCUCUUAUAAGAGGAAUGGGAGAAGAAAACUUCCCAGAUCUUGUCCCAUGGUUGUUUGAUACACUUAAAUCAGACAAUAGUAACGUUGAGCGCUCUGGUGCUGCUCAAGGCUUGAGUGAGGUCUUAGCUGCCCUAGGUACCGAGUACUUUGAAAAUGUACUUCCUGAUAUUAUUCGAAACUGUUCGCAUCAAAAGGCAUCUGUACGUGAUGGAUAUUUGACACUUUUCAAGUAUUUCCCAAGGUCAUUGGGUGUUCAAUUCCAGAACUACUUGCAGCUGGUGUUGCCUGCCAUCUUAGAUGGUCUUGCGGAUGAGAAUGAAUCUGUGCGGGAUGCAGCUCUAGGUGCUGGGCAUGUCCUAGUGGAGCAUUAUGCAACAACGUCGUUACCUCUUCUCCUUCCAGCUGUUGAAGAUGGCAUCUUUAAUGAUAAUUGGCGAAUCAGACAAAGCUCUGUGGAGCUAUUAGGAGAUCUCCUGUUUAAGGUUGCUGGAACUUCUGGGAAAGCUUUACUUGAGGGUGGUAGUGAUGAUGAAGGUGCUAGUACUGAAGCACAUGGACGUGCUAUUAUUGAGGUUCUGGGAAGGGAUAAGCGCAAUGAAGUUCUUGCUGCACUAUAUAUGGUUCGAACUGAUGUCAGCAUUACUGUACGCCAGGCUGCAUUACAUGUAUGGAAAACUAUUGUGGCAAACACCCCAAAGACACUCAAGGAAAUAAUGCCUGUUUUAAUGAAUACUCUAAUUACUUCACUUGCAUCAGCAUCCUCUGAAAGGCGGCAGGUUGCUGGAAGAUCACUGGGAGAACUUGUAAGGAAGCUUGGGGAGAGAGUACUUCCUCUGAUCAUUCCAAUUUUAUCCCAGGGAUUAAAGGACCCAGAUGCUAGUAGAAGACAGGGUGUAUGCAUUGGUUUGAGUGAAGUGAUGGCGAGUGCUGGUAAGAGUCAGUUAUUGAGUUUCAUGGAUGAGCUUAUUCCUACUAUUCGUACGGCCCUUUGUGAUAGUGUUCCUGAGGUUCGUGAGUCAGCAGGCUUAGCAUUCAGUACUCUCUACAAGAGUGCUGGUAUGCAAGCAAUUGACGAAAUUGUUCCAACAUUGCUACAUGCUUUGGAGGAUGAUGAAACUUCUGAUACUGCUCUAGAUGGUCUCAAACAAAUCUUGAGUGUCAGAACUACUGCAGUCUUGCCUCAUAUUUUGCCUAAGCUGGUUCAUCUUCCCCUUUCUGCCUUCAAUGCACAUGCUCUUGGAGCUUUAGCUGAGGUUGCAGGGCCUGGCCUUAACUAUCACCUUGGUACCGUCCUGCCUGCUUUACUUUCUUCAAUGGGUGGUGAUGAUGUGGAUGUUCAACCUCUUGCUAAGGAAGCUGCAGAAACAGUGGUCUUGGUCAUUGAUGAGGAAGGCAUCGAAUCAUUAAUGUCAGAGCUUCUUAGAGGAGUUGGUGAUAGUGAGGCAUCAAUUAGAAGAAGUUCAUCAUAUUUGAUAGGAUACUUCUUCAAAAACAGCAAACUUUAUCUAGUUGAUGAAAGUCCAAACAUGAUAUCUACCUUGAUUAUUUUGCUUAGUGAUUCAGAUUCUGCCACGAUUGCAGUUGCUUGGGAAGCUUUAUCAAGGGUUGUCAACUCAGUUCCAAAAGAGGUACUUCCUUCAUAUAUAAAGUUAGUACGCGAUGCUGUAUCUACUGCAAGAGAUAAGGAGCGUAGAAAAAAGAAGGGAGGCCCUGUUGUUAUUCCUGGAUUCUCUCUUCCAAAAGCUCUUCAACCUUUGCUUCCCAUAUUUCUUCAGGGUCUGAUUAGUGGGUCAGCUGAACUAAGAGAGCAGGCAGCCCUAGGUCUUGGGGAGCUUAUUGAAGUGACUAGUGAACAAUCACUGAAGGAGUUUGUCAUCCCAAUAACAGGGCCUCUUAUUCGAAUCAUAGGUGAUCGUUUUCCUUGGCAGGUCAAGAGUGCUAUUUUGUCUACAUUGAGUGUCAUGAUCCGAAAGGGUGGGAUUGCACUGAAACCUUUUCUUCCUCAGCUACAAACAACAUUUAUCAAGUGUCUACAAGAUAAUACAAGGACUGUCCGGUCAAUUGCUGCCCUCGCACUGGGUAAGCUUAGUGCACUAAGUACCAGGGUUGACCCAUUAGUCAGUGACCUCCUAUCUAGUUUGCAGGCAUCAGAUUCUGGAGUAAGGGAGGCCAUGUUGACUGCUUUAAAAGGUGUGGUAAAGCAUGCUGGUAAGAGUGUGAGCCCAGCUACUAGAACUCGUGUCUACACUCUCCUCAAAGAUUUAAUUCAUCAUGAUGAUGACCAAGUUCGAAUGUUUGCUUCAAGCAUAUUGGGUGUUAUAUCGCAGUAUAUGGAAGAGUCGCAGCUGUCCGACCUUCUUCAGGAACUUCUAGAUCUAUCCUCUUCUUCAAACUGGGCUGAUCGUCAUGGCGCCAUUCUUGCAUUCUCCUCCUUACUCAGGCAUAAUCCAUCCACCAUUUUGACAUCUCCGGAGUCCCCAUCUAUUUCACUGUGUCUCAAAGGCUCCUUGAAAGAUGAGAAGUUUCCACUACGUGAAACAUCAACCAAGGCAUUGGGGAGGCUUUUACUCUAUCAAGUUCAAAGUGAUCCCUCUAACUCCGCCGCACUUGUGGAUAUUCUUUCAUCCGUACUUUCAGCAUUGCAUGAUGACUCUAGUGAAGUAAGGAGAAGGGCAUUAUCUGCUAUAAAAGCUGCUGCCAAAUCGAAUCCCUCAGCUAUCAUGGCUCAUCUUUCAUUGAUUGGCCCUGCACUUGCUGAAUGUUUAAAGGACAGCAGCACCCCAGUUAGGCUUGCUGCAGAAAGAUGUGCUCUCCACAGCUUCCAGUUGACAAAGGGUACCGAAAACGUUCAAACUGCACAAAAAUAUAUCACUGGCUUGGAUGCUAGACGCAUAUCAAAAUUUCCUGAACACAGCGACAACAGUGAAGGAAGUGAAGAUGACUCAGCGAGCAGCUGAAAAUCUGUUUCAUCGUUCUAAAUAUUGCAUUCUUUCUUCAUCAAGACGACUCAUAAUGGAUGUAACUGGAACUUCAAAUAAUUGGAAGGGUCUCCAGCCAAAAUUUUCCCAUGGCAUCGGUGUUUUUUCGUAUGAAGUACAAAUACAUACAGAGAAAGAGCCCAAAUUUUUGGCAUAUGGGUUUUUUAUAAUAUCAGUGUAAUUGCCACUCCCUAAUAAUGAGCAUGAUAUAGAAACCACAGGCCUCAUGGAUGGGAAUUAAAUUUUCAGGAUUAUAAUUGAGAAUAAACCACUUUUGUUUUGAUGUGAAAUAGGGCCUUCAUUUGACUAAAUAUUGUUAUAACGAGAGUUUAUUUUUACAUAUAUAGUAUUUAGUAAAAUGUACUAGUUUCUUCUACUUUUACUAUAUUUGGAUAUAUUAUAAACCCAAUUUCUACUGCAUAUGAUAUGAACAAGGGCGUAUCAAUCGAGAAAUAGCUUUCGCCCUUUUCCCAAUUGAUUUAAUUUGAUACUAUUUGAAUUAUUUGAGAGAUGUCUAUGGACAAGAAAAUCAUAUUUUUCUGGUUUUGUGCAAUGUUGGUGGGCUCAGUCUUGAUUGAAGAUACAAAUGCAGCAGCACCACCACCAAUCGGCAACCCGGCUCUGGGAAGAAAUCGUCGACCUCCAUGGAAAUGAGGGAAUUGCCUAACCCCUGAAUCAAAUCAUAAAAAUAGAGGCUGUGAGAAAACCACGAAAUGUCGAC